GGGGACGCCAGUGCUGAGAGGAGGCGGCGGCGGCGGGGUUACCAUGGCCGCCGGCUGGCCGGGCCUGAAGACGGACUGCGAGGCUCUGCUCAGCAGCUUCCAGCAGGCCGAGAGCGUCCGCUUCGAGGACUUCGCCUCGCUGUGGAGGGAGCUGCGCUUCCACACCAUCUUCUAGUGAGCGGGGCCUCUGGGCAUGGGCAGAGUGCCUGCACCCCUUGCCGCCCCUUCCGAGAAGUGGCUGGGCUGAAGCCAUUGAGCUGAAAGUCCUGCACUGCAGGCUGGGUGGGUGGGAAGAAGGGAAGGAAGGUCAGGUUUGGUCAGCUGCGAACGCUGCAUUGCAAGGGUGGGGUGCCACAGGGUUCUGUCUUGGGCCCGGUCUUAUUCAACAUCUUUAUCAACGACUUGGAUGAUGGACUCAAGGGCAUCCUGAUCAAAUUUGCAGAUGACACCAAACUGGGAGGGGUGGCUAACACCCCAGAGGACAGGAUCACACUUCAAAACGACCUUGACAGAUUAGAGAACUGGGCCAAAACAAACAAGAUGAAUUUUAACAGGGAGAAAUGUAAAGUAUUGCACUUGGGCAAAAUGAGAGGCACAAAUACAAGAUGGGGGGACACCUGGCUUGAGAGCAGUACAUGUGAAAAGGAUCUAGGAGUCUUGGUUGACCACAAACUUGACAUGAGCCAACAGUGUGACGCGGCAGCUAAAAAAGCCAAUGCAAUUCUGGGCUGCAUCAAUAGGAGUAUAGCAUCUAGAUCAAGGGACGUAAUAGUGCCACUGUAUUCUGCUCUGGUCAGACCUCACCUGGAGUACUGUGUCCAGUUCUGGGCACCACAGUUCAAGAAGGACACUGACAAACUGGAACGUGUCCAGAGGAGGGCAACCAAAAUGGUCAAAGGCCUGGAAACGAUGCCUUAUGAGGAACGGCUAAGGGAGCUGGGCAUGUUUAGCCUGGAGAAGAGGAGGUUAAGGGGUGAUAUGAUAGCCAUGUUCAAAUAUAUAAAAGGAUGUCACAUAGAGGAGGGAGAAAGGUUGUUUUCUGCUGCUCCAGAGAAGCGGACACGGAGCAAUGGAUCCAAACUACAAGAAAGAAGAUUCCACCUAAACAUUAGGAAGAACGUCCUGACAGUAAGAGCUGUUCGACAGUGGAAUUUGCUGCCAAGGAGUGUGGUGGAGUCUCCUUCUUUGGAGGUCUUUAAGCAGAGGCUUGACAACCAUAUGUCAGGAGUGCUCUGAUGGUGUUUCCUGCUUGGCAGGGGGUUGGACUCGAUGGCCCUUGUGGUCUCUUCCAACUCUAUGAUUCUAUGAUUCUAAGGCGGGGUUGGGCUGGAUGACCCUUGGGGGUCCCCUUCCAAUCCUACAUUCGGGCGGUAUCCACAGGGGCAGCGGAUCCCAGUGCAGAUCUUUUGCCUCCGUCCUUGCCCUUAAUGUAGAUCAGGGUUCCCCAAACUUUUUUUUUUUAAUAACUUUUUUAUUCAAAAUUAAAACGAAACAUAUUAUCCAGAAACAUAUCAUCCUUAUUUCCCCUUCCUCUCCCUCCCCCCGCAGAACCCGCCCACCCCCACCUGCCGACUUCCCUCAGUUCCAGUCUUUGAUUUCUCUAAAAAUGCUGUUUUCUGCAUGUUACACAGUUGUAUAGAUCCUCAAACUAUUUAGCUGAUUAUUAUCAAUUAAAAGUUUGUGAAUGUUUAUUCAAAACCAGGCAAGGAGUCCAGUUUGCUUUGUUGCGUCUUCAAAUACUUUGUAAAGGGUUCCCAUUCAUCUUUAAAGUCACAGUUAUCCUUGUCCCGUAGUUUGUAUGUCAGUUUUGCCAGUUCUGCAUAGUCCAUCAAUUUUUCUUGCCAUGAUUCUUUAGUUGCAGUUCACUUUGGUCACUAACUGUGGUUUUUUUUUUACUACAGUUCCCAUCAUCCUUGACUACUGGUCCGGCAAGCUAGGGAUGAUGGGAGUUGUAGUCCAAAAAAGCAGCUGGCGACUCAAGUUUGGAAGUACAGUGGUACCUCGGGUUACAUACGCUUCAGGUUACAGACUCCGCUAACCCAGAAAUAGUACCUCGGGUUAAGAACUUUGCUUCAGGAUGAGAACAGAAAUUGUGCGGCUGCAGUGGGAGGCCCCAUUAGCUAAAGUGGUGCCUCAGGUUAAGAACAGUUUCGGGUUAAGAACAGACCUCCAGAACAAAUUAAGUUCUUAACCUGAGGUACCACUGUACUGGUGUAGAUCUUCACUCCCCCCUCCACACUGGUUAGUCUCAGGUGCCAAAAUACUUUGGGCCAGCCUUUCCUGUGGUUCUCGCUGUCCCUGACCAGGAGCCAGCCAGUGGUGUGCUGUUCAGAUGCUGAUGCUGAUGUUGUUGUUGUUAUUAUAUCUAUUUAUACCCCGUUUACAAAAAAGAGUAAAACAAUGCAUUCUGAAAAAAUUAACAAACCUACUUUGAAAACAUACGUUUUUAAAAACAAAACAAAACCCUAAAACGUUAACGUUGUAUUGCAGGAUGUUGGACUAGAUCAGGCAUAGGCAAACUCAGCCCUCCAGAUGUUUUGAGACUACAAUUCCCAUCAUCCCUGACCACUGGUCCCGUUAGCUAGGGAUGAUGGGAGUUGUAGUCCCAAAACAUCUGGAGGGCCAAGUUUGCCUAUGCCUGGACUUCCAACUCUACAGUUAUGUGAUUCUCAAGUUUAGUGGUAAGAACAGCCUUUCUCAAUGUUGGACUACAACUCCCAUCUUCCCAGACUACCGGUCCUGAUAGCUAGGGAUGAUGGGAGUUGUAGGCCAAAAACAUCUGGUGACCCAAGGUUGGGAAAGGCUGGGUUAGGAAUGUCUGACUGGGACCUGGGAAACCACGUUCAAAUCCCCGCUGGGCCAUGAAGUUCACCGGGGGUGACUGUUCCCCAGGCAAGCCAACCUCACAGGGCUGUUGUGGGGAUUAAAGGAGGAGGGCAGGGAAGGGGAAUCAUGUAGUCUACCUUCAACUCCUUUGAAAAAAGGGUAGGAUGUAAAAGUAUUAUUAAUAUUAUUAUUGUUAUUUACAUUUUUAUACCACCCUUCAUCCAUAGAUCCCAGGGUGGCUCACAACAUUGAAAUACAAGGUAAAAACACAAAAUGCAUUAUAAAAACAGGAAAAAGAACAAAACAAACCACUAACCACCCCCCAAGCAAUGCUAUGUUUUAUUUCAUUUAUAUCAUUUUAUUUUAGUUUUAUUUGUUAGUUUUAUUUAUUUAUUUCAACGCUUAACGAUAUAAAACCUCAAAGUGGCUUACAGUUAAAUAGAGAAAAAUUCACCAGCCUACUUUAAAACGUACAAAAUUUAAAAAUACUAGAACGGAUUAAAAUGGUCCCAACUUUCUAAGCAUCUGAUUUUGGUCUAGGGCUUUAGAACAAGGCUGGGCAACCUGGGGCAACCUGCUGAAACCCUUGAGCACUGACCCUCCUCUUCUGUCAUCAUUGAUGUAGUAUUUUCUUGACGUAUAACUGGUGGGAUUGACAAAUGCCAUGCUGUAUCUUUUCCUUUUUCAUCCUAGUGGUAAAAUAAGGACUCCGGAGCAGAUAAAGUUCACCAAGGAAGCUUUGGCGUUGGUGUGGCCGUACUUCUUUCCUCCCUACACCUUCCAGAUCCGAGUUGGUGCCCUUUAUCUUCUGUAUGGAUUGUACAAUACACAGUUGUGCCAACCAAAGCAAAAGGUAUAAUUCCUGCUUGCGUUCGCUUAUGGGCUUUUAGUAGGUGCCUUUAGGUUGUGUUUUUCUGACUUGAAUUUGAAGACGUGCCUGUGUUUGUUUCUUCAGAUCAGGGUCGCGCUCAAAGACUGGGCUGAAGUCAUGAAAUUCCAACAGGAACUGUUAGAUGCUCAACAUUACGACGCUGCCUAUGUCUUCCGGAAGCUUCGGAUGGACAGAGCAUUCCAUUUCACAGCAAUGCCUAAAUUUGUGAGUUAGUGGAAUGAUAUUAGCAAAAUCGUUCAGGCAUCAUCCCCAUGUACGUGGGUGUCACCUUCCAAGCCCCUCCCCCCCGCAUGCAUAAGCAUAAGCAAAAAUCGCGUAAGUGGGGAGGACCCUCUGAAAAGCCUCUAAGCCAGCCUUUCUCAACCUGUGGGUCCCCAGAUGUUGUUGAACUACAACUCCCAUCACCCCUAGCUAGCAAGGCCAGAGCUCAGGGAUGAUGGGAGUUGUAGUCCAACAACAUCUGGGGACCCGAGAACCGCUGCUCUAAGCCAUGGGUAGGCAAACUAAGGCCCGGCGGCCGGAUCCGACUCAUUCGCCUUCCAAAUCCAGCGUGUGGACAGUCCGGGAAUCAGCGUGUUUUUACAUGAGUAGAAUGUGUCCUUUUAUUUAAAAUGCACCUCUGGGUUAUUUGUGGGGCAUAGGAAUUCGUUCAUUCCCCCCCCCCAAAUAUAGUCCAGCCCCCCACAAGGUCUGAGGGACAGUGGACAAAGUGCUGACAAAGUUUGCAGACCCUUGCUGAAAGCGCCCAUUUCCCCCCUGCUCUUCUGUUCUCCCUCCCUACAACUCUCUCCAACUAGAGUCGAAGCUCUGGAACUGGAUUUAUAGCUUACGGGUAGGCAAACUAAGGCCCGGGGGCCAGAUCUGGCCCAAUCGCCUUCUAAAUCUGGUUCGCAGGCGGUCUGGGAAUCAGCGUAUUUUUAUAUGAGUAGAAUGUGUCCUUUUAUUUAAAAUGCAUCUCUGGGUUAUUUGUGGGGCCUGCCUGGUGUUUUUACAUGAGUAGAAUGUGUACUUUUAUCUCUGUGUUAUUUGUGGGGCAUAGGAAUUUGUUCUCCCCCCCCCCACCACCAAAAAAAAAAUAUAUAGUCCGGCCUCCCACAAAGACUGAGGGACAGUGGACCGGCCCCCUGCUGAAAAAGUUUGCUGACCCUUGCGCUAGCGGCUAGGCAGGGAGGCUGAGCAGUCUACAAAGCGCCCCUGCCCUUCUGGGUUUCUUCAGGGCUUCCUCUACAGUUUCUACAGUUAUAUCAAAAAUUACUGGUUUCGUUAUACUAUUAGAAAUACAUAGACAGAUAUUUAUGAAAUUAUUGUGAGGUUUAAUAGGUUAACUGUUUAUAUUUGGUCAACUUUUCUGCUGUACUGUAUUGGAAGGAGAAAAACAAUAAUUUUCUUCAUAACAAUUUAAACAAUUUAUUUAACUAAAACAAUAACAUUAUAGCAUAUGUAUCAAUAACUGAUGUGGUCAAACUUUUUUUAUUAAAAAAACCUUAGACUGAGUUUUAGCACACAUGAAAAACUUAAAACAAAUCCUUAUUUCCUGAUGAAUAGCCUUUGGACUAUAAUGUAACUUAAAUAGAAAACUAUAGAAAGAUUUUUCCUCCAAAAGCAUUUUGUUUUAAAAAUCCAAUUUAAAUCAAAAAAAUCCGAUUUAAAUUUUUAAAAAUCCAUUUUUUUUACUUUUUAUUUUAAAAAUAUUUGAUUUUUAUCCACCCUGGGGUCAGGGAUUCCACUGACAGGGCGGUUACAUGCCUAGGUUUCUUACCUUCUUGAAAUUUCAGUGGCAUUUCACUUUCGUUUGCUCAUCCAGUUUCCCCUUCCGCUUUUAUCCUGACACAACCACCUCUUUCUAGCUUUCCUUUAGGACUAAGAAGAACAUGCAGGAGAAGACGGAGACCAGGAGCGAGUUCAGGGAUCCGGACGACCGAGUUGCAAUGCUUAAGCCGGAUGACUUCUUAGAGGUAGAGUACGCAUCAUGCUCUUAAUAUUUCUGCUGUUUCUGCUGCAGCAUCUUUCAGGUGGCCUAGCCUGCUGAUUUAGCAAUGUCGCCCUGUUCCAGGGGCCAUUCUGUCCCUUCAUGUACAGACAGUGAUGCCACAACCACAUGGAAGGUGUAACAAAUUUAAAUACCACCCGCAAACCCUCCUAUGUGUUGGGGUUGCAAAGAAUGACUUUUAUUUGAAUUGCAUUUCUGAUUAAUACAUACGCAUGCUCAGGAACAGGAAGCGCAGCUCUUAGUUUUCCUGUUGAAUCUCUCAGUCCUAGGAAAAGCCCAAUCUAGCAUUUUUGUGUGUGUGUAUUCUGUGAAUGUGGUGCAGACACAACCUUCUCAAUUUCAUAUUCAUACUUAGGCGCUUAGCGAUAUACAAAGGGCCGACUUGCCCCUCUCUCCUCAUUUGAAUGUCCUUCCUUUCAUUUCAUAUUUUAUUUUAAUAUUAUUGUAGCAUCAUAACUGUGCUUCAGCUAACCAUGGUUGUCCUUGUAACUGAAGCCAACUGGGGUUUGAAGAACCCACUCGGAUAUACUGGAAUGGAUUGGAGAUCAUUGUUACAUCUGCUCCAGGCUGCUGGUAAUGGAGAAUGCUGAGAAAAGCGCCAUUCAUUACAACUAAUACAGUCGUACCUAUUUCUCCCCUGCUCUCCCUCCCUACAACUCUCUCUCCAACUAGAGUCGGAGCUCUGGAAGUGGUUUUAGGAUGCAUUGCAAAGCAGUAGCUACUGCCGCUUCAAUACCACAUGCACUAGCUCAUGGGUAGGCAGACUAAGGCCUGCGGGCCAGAUCUGGUCCAAUCGCCUUCUAAAUCCGGCCUGUAGGCGGUCUGGGAAUCAAGAGUAUUUUUAUAUGGGUAGAAUGCGUCCUUUUAUUUAAAAUGCAUCUCUGGGUUAUUUGUGGGGCCUGCCUGGUGUUUUUACAUGAGUAGAAUGUGUGCUUUUAUCUUUGGGUUAUUUGUGGGGCAUAGGAAUUCAUUCUUUUCAAAAUAUAGUCUGGCCCCCACAAGGUCUGAGGGACAGUGGACCGGCCGCCUGCUGAAAAAGUUUGCUGACCCCUGCGCUAGCUGCUAGACGGGGAGGCUGAGCAGUCUAAACAAAGCCCCCCUGCCCUACUGGGUUUCUUCAGGGCUUCCUCUGCCCUCAGUCCUCUUCAGGCUCCAGGGAGGGUCUCCUCGCGAGCCACAAGGACUCUCCAGCUCUCUCCUGCCUUUUCCUGGUUUGCAGCUACCUCGGAAGUCGAACAGAAUCCGUCCCAGAAGUCCGUUCAACUUCUGAAAAUGUUCCAACAACCAAGGCGCGGCUUCCGAUUGGCUGCAGCCGCUUCCUGCAGCCAAUCAGAACCCGUGGAACCCGCAUCGGAUGUUCGGCUUCCAAAGAACAUUCGCAAACUGGAACACUCACUUCCGGGUUUGCGGCAUUCGGGAGCCAAAGCGUUCGAGUCGCAAGGCGUUCAGGAUCCAAGGUACGCCUGUACUAUUAUUAGGAGGCAGUUUUUGCAAAUUCCACCUUUCUCUCACGGCCCUCAAUGCCACCUUCCCUACUCCCACUAAAUGCUGUCCCAAUGGUUUCCCCAACCCUUGGAUCAGAUUUGGGGAUGGGGGUAGGGGCUGCAGAAGGAAGAGGGAAUGAUAGAAAAUUGCCUCCCAGCGCCCCUUCCUGGAAGUCUCCACUGGAUCAAAGAGCUUCUAUGAAUGGUUACAAUUGGGGGAAAAACUAAUGGCUAAAUUGCUUUGAUCUGAAAGCCAGUUAAAUUUAUAAUAAUAAUAAUAAUAAUAAAUUUUAUUUAUAUCCCGCCCUCCCCAGCCAAAGCCAGGCUCAGGGCGGCUAACAACAAACAAAUAAUCAAACAAUCAUUAUUAACAUUCUAAGCCUUUCAUUAUAAAAUUAAUUAAAAUCAAAUUAAUGGCAGCAUUAAUGAAGUUCUGUACACAGGUUGCCGGAGAUCAGGAGUCAUUUGGGCUGACCAAAGGCCUGGUGGAACAACUCUGUCUUGCAGGCCUUGCGGAAGAUAUUAGGUCCAUAUUCUAGUCUCUGUGAUAGAGCGUUCUGAAUUGGGCCAUAGCCGAGAAAGCUAUAAGCUCUAGUUGAGGCCAGCUAACCUCUCUGAAGACUGGACCUUAGGAUGUUUUUGUUGCAGACCGUGGGAUUUCCUCUAUGGGAGCAUACAGGAGGGCGGUCCACAUCGUCUGAGGUCUCAUUGUGGGCACACAAAAGUUGGCUCCUUUGCCUUUAAGUCCUGCCUCCACAGAGCCAGUGCAGCUGGUAUGGUACCCGGAUAGAUAACAGUCAUGGCGAGGAGCCCCAUGAGAGUCUGCGUGACAUUCUGCACCCGCUGGAGUUUCUAAUUGAUCUCCAAAAGGCAGCCCACGUAGAAGCGAGUUACAAUAAUCCCAGUCUGGGGAGGUGACCGUACGCGUGGAUCAGUGGCUGGGUCAGGGCGAGAGAUAAGAGACCAACUGCUUAGCUUAGCGGAGAUGAAAAAUGCCGCCUUUGUUAUGGCUAUGGUCUAUAAGCCUCCAUAGAGGAAGUAUGAAAGAUUUUAGGCUCUUAGGGCCAGUGCUGGCUGUUCUUACCAAGAGAUAAAUUGCCCCCAAUCAUAUCGUCCACGUCCAGCCAGAGGACUACUCUGUCUUGAAAGAUUUAACUUAACUGACUUCAUCUUCAUCCAACUGACUUCAAACAUCUGGUCAAUUAACUGUCUGGGCCAGAAUCAGGAUAGCCCAUCCAUCAACAGAUGGGGAGUUGGGAUGUCUGGCAUACAGUGGCAACUGGCCCCAAAACUCGGACAAGCUGGGCGGGCGCAAGAUGUUUCAAAAGCAGGAAGUAUGCCUGAGGCACUCCACAUAAGGAGUGGCGGAUGACAAUUUCCCCAAGCUCCACCCUCUGUGACCCGGAAAGCAGCGCAGCCAUUGAAGGACUAUUUCUCCAGGUCCCCACGUCCCUGACAGGCGAUGGUCAGGGACAGUGAUCAACCAUAUAAGGCUGCUGAGUCUAGGAUGGCCCCGACCGCCUCGAUCCAGCUGCCUCUCAUGAAGAUCAUCUGUUAAGAAGCGACCAGAGCCUCUCGGUCCCAUGACAGCGCGGAAGCCAGACUGGAAUGGAUCCAGAGCGUCUUUCAUCAAAGGCUCACAAGCUGUUUGCAGCAGCACAUUCUCUCAAUCUGCCUUACCCAGGAGCCAAGAGUUCGAAACCGAGCGGUAAUUGGAUAGAUCUAAGGGGAUCUAAUGAUGUUUUCUUCUGGCGACGCACCCACUGCCUCCUUCAAUUUCCCUGGAAAUAUUAUCCAGUGCCAAAGGGACAGGUGAGUGGUGUCCCCGAGGGGCCACUUUCGUCUGGACUUCGCUCUAAUCAGCCACAGAGCGGGCACGGGUGAGGACAGGUGGUGGGCAUUCAGCUCGGGAUGAGUCUGUCACAUACAGCUGAGAUAUCCGAUCAAGUGGUGUCUGGACCAGGACAGUCGAGGGAGCACUCCAGUUCCUUUAUUGUAUCCAAAUUGUGGGAGAGGUCAUGGCAGAGCAACAGGUUCUUCUCAUAGCUAUAAAUGCCUCACAGCUGUGUGUCAAUUUAGGUAUUUAAAUUGGCUGUCCUUAAGGCGUUAAGGCCUAGUCUAUACUAAUAAUUGGCAGCUGCGGAUGCAAUGAGCCGGGCGGAGCACUAUGCGGCCUUCCGCCAUCUCAGGAUUUUCAUAAAAACCCUAAGAUGUUCUUGAGGCUCCGUCUGAGCACCCCGCCUCCACCACUCUGUGUACGUCUGAGAGUCCCCGCUUAUUUUCCAGGCACUCCUCAAGUAAACAGAGCCCCGGUUUUCUCUUGCUAGUCGUGAGAAGCGCUUAGGUGCGAUGUCUAUGGCUGCUAGGAGCUGGGUGUUCCAAGCUCUCAGCAAGCUCAGUCAAUGGUGCCAGAGAGGGCAAGGUCCAUAGGUCUUGACGGAAUCACUCAGGAGUCCAUCGACCUCUGCGGGCAGAGCCAAAUGGCUGCUCCACCUAAGCAGGGUGGGGGUGGAAAGUCAAUCCUGGCUUUCAGAGCGUAGUGAUCAGAUCUACUCCAUGACGAUACCUAAUGGGUGCUUAUUUUUAAAUGUUUAUUACAAAUAUUGUGUGUUUUAAAUUUUAUUUUCCCCCUCUGAUUUUUUUUGGGGGGGGUUAUUGGGUUGUUCUUGUUUUUAUUUUGAUUAUGUAUUUUGUGUUUUUUAUAUUGGGAUUUUUAUCUUGUGAACUGCCCUGAGACCUGUGGGUAUAGGGCUGUAUAUAAAUUUAAUCAAGAAUAGUAAUAGUAAUAAUAAUAAUAUUACUCAUUUCAUUUCCAUACUGCUUUAUAUUUCAAAGAGAAGUCUAAGAGAGAUCUAAGAAAUCUAAGAGAAAAUCUCAAUGUGUUUUAAAACACAGUAAAAUAUUAAAUAAAACAAUCCAGAAUAAAACAUGAGUGAAGAAAGUCUGAUGGUGAUGAUGAUUUAUUAAAUUUAUAUACCACCCUAUACCUGGAGGUUCCAGGGCAGUUCACAAAACAAAAUAAAAAUAUAAAACCACAAUAUAUAUAUAAUCAAAAUAAAAAACAACAGCCCAAUAACCCCCCAACCCCCACAUUUAAAAAGUGCAUAGAAUGUAAAUCAGAUCAACCAAAGGCCUGGUUAAAAAGGAACAUUUGCCUGGAGCCUAAGGUGUAUAAUGAAGGCGCUAGGCUAAUUUCCCUGGGGGGGGGGGGAGAGCAUUCUGUUGCAAUCUUUCAAAGUCUUCAGUGGUUAAGUUUCACUUUGGCUUCCAAAGCUUUCCUGCCGGUCAAUAUAUUUAUUUACAUUUUAAGGAAGCGAAGAACAUUCACGACCACUACCAAAAGAUGAAGUGCCUGAUCUCUGAGGACCAGUCCCAGCCGGACAAGGCUCUUAAUCUGAUAAAAGACGACUUCAUAGACAAUUUCAAGAACAUCAUUUUGGAGCAUCAAGAGUGGCAGAAAAACAAAGCGGUAGUUGGCUUCGUUUUUUGUUUGCUUGUGUGCUGUUGAAGCUUGUGUGGGUGAUUGGAAAGCCAUUUCUCACGUUGCAGCUCGUGCUGCGCUUUUUAAAGUGUCCAGCCUAUCCUAACCCAAAGCCUUAAGUAGUUUAGGGUCAAACGCGGGUCUGUGCAGAACAGAGAGCUGAACUGAGGAGAUUUGCCUUUUAGUUGUUGGCUUUUGCACAUUAUUUCCCUCUGUUUCUGUGGAAUCCUGACGCAUUGAUGAUGCAAGAGCAACGCAGAUUGGAGGGAUCUCGCUGUGGAGUGCCAAACAGUAUAAAUUUCUGUUAUGUUUGGGUGGCAUCUAAUAAUAAUAAUAAUAAUGAUGAUAAAUUUUUAUUUAUACCCCGCCCUUCCCGGUUCAGAAAACCGGGCUCAGGGCAGCUAACAACAAAUUUAAAACACUUAAUUGAUGCAACAAAAAACAGCAUAAAAUACAGUAUAAAACGUGAAUAACAAUAAAUUCAUAAUUCAAAAAUCAAUUUGGGGGGAAAACCCAUCCAAUAAACAUUAGAUCUAGAAGCUAAUGGGGACAAUAUAGGGGUGUGUGAAUUGCACACUUGUUUGGAUUGUUGCAGAGGCAAUCUUUGUGCUGUGUCUUGUUGUGGGGAGCGAAGAACGGGUAGAUCUAGAGAGCUCCACUUGGGCCUACAGCUGCCAUUGUUGCAUGAUGCUUGUGUAAACAGGACAAGAGAACAACCUGUUUUACAAGCAGAUGAGAGAGCCAGUUCAUUGGUCAUAUGUGAAUAGCCAAGACACCUAUGCAGAACAGAUGAGGGGGCACGUUCUGUCUGUAUUAAAUUUGAUGCACAGUGCUCAUUGCACGUCACGCUUCCUCGGAUCUCUAGAGUACCUUGCUUUAGCCCUUUGCUUCCCAAAGUGGGCAGUAUUACCCCCUGGGGAGCAGUGGGUUUACCUAGGGGGGCACUAAGCAGUGUGUGUGGGGGGGAAACUUGUUGGAAAUGUAAAUGACUAUCAGACUUUGAAAAGCUUGUAUAGUGAUACCUCGGGUUACAUACGCUUCAGGUUACAGACUCCGCUAACCCAGAAAUAUUACCUUGGGUUAAGAACUUUGCUUCAGGAUGAGAACAGAAGGAGGCCCCAUUAGCUAAAGUGGUGCUUCAGGUUAAGAACAGUUUUAGGUUAAGAACAGACCUCCAGAACGAAGUACUUAACCCGAGGUACCACUGUAUCACUGUAUACACUGCCGUUGAAUUCAUUAAACUAGUUCUAAAAAGGAAUGAAUGAAUAAACUUAUACCCCGCCCAUCUGGCUGGGUUUCCCCAGCCACUCUGAGCGGCUCCCAACAGAAUAUUAAAAACAUGGUAAAACAUUAAAAACUUCCUUAAACAGGGUUGUCUUCAGAUGUCUUCUCAAAGUCAGAUAGUUGUUUAUUUUUUGACAUCUGAUGGGAGAGCGUUCCACAGGACGGGUGUGAGAAGGCCCUCUGCCUGGUUCCCUGUAACCUCACUUCUCGCAGCGAGGGAACCACCAGAAGGCCCUUGGCGCUGGAUCUCAGUGUCCGGGCAGAACGAUGGGGGUGCAGACGCUCCUUCAGGUAUACUGGAUUUUAAUUGGGUUUUAAUAAGUGUGCAAUUAAUUGUUACAGAUUUGAAUUUUAUUGUGCUAUUCGUAGAAUUGUAGAGUUGAAAGGGACUUCUGGUCCAACCCUCCGCAAUGCAAGGAUUAUUAUCCGCAGUGGGUCGUGCAAACCACUGUUCUGAAUAACGCCUUUCAUAGGGUAGGGUAGGGAAGGGAGGGGAGCACUUGGUUCAUGGAACCAAGGGGCCAGUGGGAGCCGCUGUUCUAGACCAAGGCCUCCAUAUUUCAGUCUUCAUCCCUGUGGAAUGUCUUGCCCUUUCCAGGAGCCGGCCUUGGCCACUGUGGGCGAAGAAGGGACGAAUGAAAAGGAGGGUCCUUCGCAAGGGACAGAGGUAAGGAAAUACCGUAUUUUUCCAUGUCUAGGACGCCCCCCGUGUAUAAGACGACCCUUAUUUUUUUGAACCCAAAAUUAAGAAAAUGAAACCCUAAAAUAGAAGUGAAAAUCUGGAUGAUUGGCAGCAGCAAGUUGUUGAUCUUUUUUGGGGGGUGAUCGCCCUCAAAGUUUCCAUCAUGAGAUGCAUGUAGUUUGCCGUGGUGCAGAAGCAAAGGCAGCGACUGGGGGGGGGGCACCACACGCUCCCCCUUGGUUGCAGCUGCUGCUGCUGCUGCGGGCAAGCAGGCGCCCAAGCAGGAUGCCAAGGAAGAGCUGGGGGAAGGCAGCGACCACUCUGCAUCAGGCCAUGCCGUCGAGCAAACUGAGCUGAGGAAGGUGGUGAGCGGGCUGGAGGCAGCGUGGGAGUUUGGGAAGGGAAGAGGGAAAGAAGGGCAAGGAGAGGUAGCUGAGGCAGCUGUCAGCAGUGGCGGCGGCAUCUGUUCUCGAUCCGGUGGUUGAGCCCGUCGCCAGCCAGCAGCCCGGGGGUGGGGCGGGGAGAAAGGGGGGACAGCAGCAGGAGGGACCGCCUCAGCCCGCCCAAGCCAAAAUCCUGAACAUAUGCUUAAAUCUUUUUAAAAUUCCCCCAGAUGCCCAUGUUCAGUGUUCAAGACGACCCCCAAUUUUUGUCUUAUACACUGAAAAAUACGGUCCUUAUUGUGCUUCCUGGAAUCUCAGGGCAAAAGAGUCAGGUGUAGGAACUGUGCCAUUGUCUAGGCCUGGGCGAGGCAAUGCUAAAAGUCUUUUCUUUUCCAGGGAUUUGAAAGAGCCAGAGCGUUAGCCGACAUCAAAUCCAAAUCUUACUCUGCAGUUGUUCAAGUAAGUGUGAAGGGAAUAUCAGGAAAUUCUCCUCCAUCGCAAUAAUGGGUUCUAAGUUAAAAUAUAUGACUCUCCUUAGUACCUUCUUUACUUUUCUGUAUGAUGCAAAGUUAUAUAUCUCUUACUACUCCUUGUUGUUCUGAUUUAUUUUAUUGAUGCAUGUAUUGAGGAUAUGUUAAUGCAGUACAAGUUAUAAUAUAUAUUAGUUGCCUAUGACACGGAACAGACUGUGUUAUUGAGUUAAAGAUGAGAUGAAAAAAUGAUCCAAGUUCUGGAAUUUGAAAAGCUCACAGUCUUUCACAGGUUAGUCCUAAGAAGUACCAAUUGUAGCUAGUUGGGUCCAACAGUUUUGCACAAUAUCAUGCACUGAUAUUGAAAUAUGAGUGCACUGUUAUAUUAAAAAGUGAUUUAUUUAUUUUUAAAUCACCUAUGUAAGUUAAGUGCAUUGAUCAGUGGCCAACUAGCAAACUUGCAGCACUGGAAGAUCAGAAUUUAAAAUGCAACAGGGAGAACUCAGUGACUGAGGGCAAGCUAGACUAGAUAUCUGCAAUUGGAUUUCUGACAUCUUUUUCUGAAGCUUAAAAACAGCCAUGGGGAGAAGGGGCAAAUUAGAUUAGGGUUGUGAUGAGGGAUUUAACAAUUUUAACACUGCUCCCUUGAAGUACCAAUAAGAGAUCCAUGAUUUCAUGCGACAGUGAAAUUGCUGUUGUAUAAUACUAGUGGGUAAUAGAAUCCGGAUUCCCGCCCCCCUUUGUGUGUUAGGAGUCCACGCCUACCCUGUGACAAGGGGUUGAAUUCCUAACUUUCCUUCAUGAUCAUUCUGUUAAUGAAUAUGGCAUAUGACAACAUUACAGGGGGCAGAAUUAAGCAGUGGCAAGAUCCAAGCAGUUCAUUUGAUUGUCUCUCCCCCCUUCCCCAUGCACACUACUAAAAUUUUGUUUUCCUUCUUGCUUAAUUUACUUCUCUGGCUUAUUUCUUUUUUUAAAAAAAACCCCAAAUGUUUUAGGCUUCCAAGUCAAGACGGCACCGCCAAGUUAAGCUGGAGUCUUCCGAAUCAACAGAUCGUGGGAAAUCCAAAUCGCCAAGGGCUAAGAAAGCCAGCAAAAGUUUGCAGCCGAGGAGGAAGAAAGAAACUCUGAGAAGCAGAGGUAGGGAAACACUUUUCCAAAACAGAAGUGUGUUUGUGUGUGUCGGGCAGGGGAGAGGGGGUUGUAAUUCUCUGCUCUCACAUAACACAUGUUCACUCCUGAAAUUGGUGCAGUUGCUAUACAGGCCUCCAUGAACAGCUCCUGAGAAGGGCCAUCCUUUGAUAAGAGCAUCUUUUGACUGGUUGCCAUAGGGGAGGGGAUGUGAGUGUCUUGUGUGUGCGCCUGCCGCUGUCUCCUUCAGCCCAUUGUGCUUCUGAUGAUCUUGUGGAUAUUAUGGGGUGGCCUACUGGCAGUCACCUUGAACAGGUUUGAUCUAAUUUUCAGGGAAUUUUUUACUUAAUUUUGUUGCCUUUUUAUUAUCUUUUAUGCAAACCACUUACUUUUACUAUGCUAAGCGUUAUAACGCCUCCCCCACCCUCUCAAACUUUGCAAAUGCUUAUAAAAGUCCAUGGCUCUGGGGUACAGCAUAUUUUGCACGCAAAAAGUCUCGGGUUUAGUCUCUAGCUAGGGCUGGGAAUGUCCCAUCUGAAAUCCCAGCGAACCACUGUGUAGUCAAUACUGCGCUAGAUGGGGCCCAGUGGCCUGGAUCUAUAUGAGACAGCUUCCUACGUUCGUAAAUAUACAAAUGGUUGGUCCAAGAUACUUGCAGGGGGAAGAAAGAACCGUGUUCAUCUUCCUCUUUAACAGAAGAUCGGAAGAGAAUUCAAUCGGCUGCAGCCAUGCAAGCAAUUAGCAGAAUAUAGUGAGAGUAUCCUGUAUUUUUUUAAAAAAGCUGUUUUUAAUUUUUAGAAUUACAGUUUGAUAUUCCCGUAUUAUUGUAACUCAACCUCGUUCCACGCCCUCUUCAUUAGCACACGACCUACGAAAUACAUUGCCCAACAACCGUUCUCGUUACGAUUCCAGAUCAGUUUGUAUUUGUUCAUACGAGUCCUCAAAGGAAGCCACCUUUCUCUACAGUCGUUUUUCCUAUUGCUUUCCCCUUCCUGCCUUCCUUUGUUCCGCAAGUUUCUCCGUUAAGUGUUGAAGUCCGCACCUUCCUCCUCCAUUCGUGAAUAUGGAGAUGUCUUGGAUCUGUCCAUUUUGGUGCUGGCAGUGGCAUCACUGAGACAAAAGGUUAUUAGGCGCUGACCAUCUUUUUGUUCCCCACAAAAUACCAUCAGUAGAGAUGCUCUGCAGAGUCUUUUGCAUUGCGUCCUGAAAGAGUUUAACCGCAUCUGCAAAACUGACCGGCAAGGACAUACUGUACUUUUCCGUGCAUUGUUGUUGUUUAGUCGUUUAGUCGUGUCCGACUCUUCGUGACCCCAUGGACCUGAGCACGCCAGGCACUCCUGUCUUCCACUGCCUCCUGCAGUUUGGUCAAACUCAUGCUGGUAGCUUCGAGAACACUGUCCAACCAUCUCGUCCUCUGUCGUCCCUUUCUCCUUGUGCCCUCCAUCUUUUCCAGCAUCAGGGUCUUUUCCAGGGAGUCUUCUCUUCUCAUGAGGCGGCCCAAGUAUUGGAGCCUCAGCUUCAGGAUCUGUCCUUCCAGUGAGCACUCAGGGUUGAUUUCCUUCAGAAUGGAUGCGUUUGAUCUUCUUGCAGUCCAUGGGACUCUCAAGAGUCUCCUCCAGCACCAUAAUUCCAAAGCAUCAAUUCUUCGGCAAUCAGCCUUCUUUAUGGUCCAGCUCUCACUUCCAUACAUCACUACUGGGAAAACCAUAGCUUUAACUAUAUGGACCUUUGUCGGCAAGGUGAUGUCUCUGCCAUGGUAAAAAGUGGGGGUUGUGCAUAGGGUGGACGUUUGACUGGUUGCUGCUGUGGCUGUCAGCAGCUAUGUGCGUGCGUGUUAUUGGUUGCUGCGUCAAUGGGUGGUGUUGAUUGGCUGACACUCUGGCAGUUGGGCGGGCGAUUGGCAGCUUCUGCAGGCGAUGGGACAGACGGGAGGCGGAAUUUUGGCAAUCCCCCCCACCAAACAAAGCUCAACAACCCUGGGAAAUCCUCCUCAAAAAAAAAAAAGCUCAACAUCCCCCCAUUUUCUUAAAUUUGAGUCCUGAAAAAUAAGCAACGUCUUAUACAUGGGGGUGUCUUAUAGACAGAAAAGUACGGUAGCUAUGGAUCUGAAAUGGAAACCAGUUCCUAUUCAAGAUUGGUGUUGCCUUUGCAGGGACGUUGCAGUUGACAGAGGAGCAGAGUGCUGGGAAACUGAGUAUGCCUGUGAUUGCAGAGGAUGAUGAAGAAGAAGAUAUUGACCAUCCUAGUGACGAAGGUACAUUGGAGGGUUUCCUUGUUGUGCAAGCAAACUUCCCUCUUCUCUUUUUUUUUAAAUAGUUUUUUAUUCAUACUUUUCAAAUUUAUACAUUUCAUUAAUUUUACAAUCCAUUUAACAUUUCAAAAUUUGUCUUCCUUCCCCCUCUUUCUGCGGUUCCUUAAAUUUAUUUUUCAUAUCUUCUGCAUAUCCGAAUUCAUUUAAUUUACUCAUUUAAUUAUCUACCAUAAAUAUCUACUCUUCCAAAACUGCAGGUUAUUACAAUAAUCCUGCCAAUGUUUUUUCUGUUUACAAUUUAUCUGUAAAUGUUCAAUAAACCAUUUCCAUUCCUUUAUAAAGUGUUUGUUAUCUUGAUUUCUUCUUCUGUCAAGUUUCGCCAUUUCUGCUUAUUUCAUAAGUUUUUGUAUCCAUUCUUCCUUUACUGGGACUUCCACUUCUUUCCAUUUUGGGGCAAGUAACAUUCUUGUUGCUGUAGUAGCAUGCAUAAAUAAAUUUCUAUACAAUUUAGGUAGUUCUGUCCCUAUAAUUCCCAAAUUAUUCCACAACAAUUCCUUGUUGCGGGAAGUCAUACAAACUAACCUUCCUCUUCUCACCAUUUCUUCCUAAAAACUUUACUGAGAAAUGUUUCUUGUUCAGGCUUGGCUUUCUUAAAUCCUUUUCCUUUUGCGAUUUCUUGGACGAUGGCCACUUUCCCCUUCUCUUCUUUGCCAGACUUCAUGCCCAGCAAGAGGAAGCGAGCUCGUUGAGAGGAGAAUCCAAACGGUGUGAAUUGGCUUUGCCUGAAGGGAGCGUGCCUCCGGCUAGCGGAUGAGGCUGUCCAAGUGGCCUGAAGACACGCUGCAAACUGCACACGCCCCUGUUCUCAUUUCAAGAAGGCAGGAAGACCCUCUAUGGAAAGCUCAAAGUGAAGAAAACUUGUUCUGUGUCGUGCAAUAGUUUGAUGUGCUGAACAGGGGAUUUCAUGCCCCUGGGACUUACGAAUGCUGAGAAACGGUUCUCAGGUUUAGCAUUGUAUAUAAAAUUAUAUUGUAUUACUCAUAUCUUAAAAUAAAGUUUUGGUUUUAAAAAACUCCCCACAUUCAUUAAAUGAAAGAGUAUAGAUUAUACUCGUUCUGGUGGAACGCUCUGUCACAAGAGACUAGGGCCCUGUGGGACUUGACAUCUUUCCGCAGGGCCUGCAAGACAGAGCUGUUCCACCAGGCCUUUGGCCAAGGCACAGCCUGACUCCCUCCUUUGGUAAUCCUCACAGAACUCUAGCCCAAUGGUUGCCAUUAAUUUGAUUCUGAAUUGAUUUUAGAAUGAAUUGAUUUUAGAAUGUUUUAUUGUUUUACUGUUGUUAGCCGCUCUGAGCCUGGCUUCGGCUGGGGAGGGCGGGAUAUAAAUAAAAUUUAUUAUUAUUAUUA